ACUGUACGGAAGAUGACGAAGAAUAUGUUAUGCGUUCUGUUGUUCAUUAUUCAAGCGUUCACAAUAUUCAGCAAGCCAGGCGAUGCAGGUAAGUACAAAUUGAUGUAACUGCCAAAACAAAAAUAUUGGUGUGAUUGUAAAUUUUUAAAACGCAUUUCAUAUAUUAAAACCAGUUUUCUCUAAGUAGAUAAACAAACUUGAAAUUUAGUUAUCACUUAACAAAAUGACAAUCACGCCGAAGUUAAAAUUCAUUUAUAUAACGCAUAAUUUAUCAGUGUUUCCGUCCAUUAGUGAACGUUGACGACGAAGAGAAGCUCUAUGGUAAGUUCAACAAUCUGAUAUCUAUCGUCAUCAUGAUCUUGUGCUGCAAAAUCUGACUGUUUGAGUUUCAUAAUUUAAAAAGUGAAUAAAUAAACGAACACGAGACGAUUCAUUUCUAUUAUUUACAGGAGUGGAAAAUAUCUAUUCAAGCGACUGCUAUAAAGAAGUGAUGAAAAAUAUUGUUGAAGAAGAAACAACACAAGAUGUGCCAGCCACCACAACUCCAGCAGCAGAAGAAGUCAAAGAAGAAACAACAACGCAGGACGUCGACGAGGAAGACAAGCUCUAUGGGGUGAAGAACACCUUUCCCAGCAAGUGCUAUAAACUAGUGAUGAAAAAUAUUGUUGAAGAAGAAACAACACAAGAUGUGCCAGCCACCACAACUCCAGCAGCAGAAGAAGUCAAAGAAGAAACAACAACGCAGGACGUCGACGAGGAAGACAAGCUCUAUGGGGUGAAGAACACCUUUCCCAGCAAGUGCUAUAAACUAGUGAUGAAAAAUAUUGUUGAAGAAGAAACAACACAAGAUGUGCCAGCCACCACAACUCCAGCAACAGAAGAAGUCAAAGAAGAAACAACAACGCAGGACGUCGACGAGGAAGACAAGCUCUAUGGGGUGAAGAACACCUUUCCCAGCAAGUGCUAUAAACUAGUGAUGAAAAAUAUUGUUGAAGAAGAAACAACACAAGAUGUGCCAGCCACCACAACUCCAGCAACAGAAGAAGUCAAAGAAGAAACAACAACGCAGGACGUCGACGAGGAAGACAAGCUCUAUGGGGUGAAGAACACCUUUCCCAGCAAGUGCUAUAAACUAGUGAUGAAAAAUAUUGUUGAAGAAGAAACAACACAAGAUGUGCCAGCCACCACAACUCCAGCAACAGAAGAAGUCAAAGAAGAAACAACAACGCAGGACGUCGACGAGGAAGACAAGCUCUAUGGGGUGAAGAACACCUUUCCCAGCAAGUGCUAUAAACUAGUGAUGAAAAAUAUUGUUGAAGAAGAAACAACACAAGAUGUGCCAGCCACCACAACUCCAGCAACAGAAGAAGUCAAAGAAGAAACAACAACGCGUGUGAACUUUGACUACGAAGAAGAGAUCCAUGGAAUGAAGAACAUUUAUCCUAGCAAGUGCUAUGCCAUUGGUAAGCUAAUCUAAAUCUUUUCCGCUUUUCGCUUUCGCCUAUAAUCUGAGGACAAAUGAGUGAUAUCAUUGAGCGGAAAUGCUGAGUGCUUUUCGUGAAAUCUGACCUGUGAUAAUUAGUUGGGCAAUGUGUGUGAGACGAGUGUCAGGUGCUCGUGUGUGUAUGUGUGUGCUUGUGUGUGUGGAGGAGACUAGUGACGUGAGGCGGAAUUUGCGAAUCAAAGUAUUCUUUAGCAUCAUGGUAUCUGAUAAUGCUUCGCGCUUAUUAGAUCAUUAGUAUGUUAUCUUUUAUCCCUGGUGACUAUUUCCGCUACAUCGUAGUUGGUUAUUGGUGUUAUUUUGUUUAACUUUUUCUUUCUUGAUUGUUUUUUUUGGAAACUUUUUUUCGUGUUUUUUGCUUUUGAUACUUGUUAGCGGAUAUUUUUGAUUCUUUCCAUGAAUAUUUUUUUCCCAGUAAUUUAAUACAUUUUCUUUUUUAUGUCUUAAUAGCUAGUUUGAUUUUGAUUUUUCAUUUUGAUUUUUCAUAUUUUGCUGACUUUUUCUUAAUCUAUAUCUUUUUUUCUUCAGAAAUUUAGAAAUCUCUUUCGCUCAUUUUCGCGUUCAAUAUGUGAUUCUUUCAGUGAUUUUGAUCAUUCUGAAUGAGAACUUCAACAUUUUGUUUGAUUACUCAAAAACUUUAUAAGAAUAUUUCCCAUUUAACUUUAAAUAUUUAAUGUCUAUUUCUAUAAUCUCAAAUUGGAUUUUUAUGUCACAGCUAAUUAAUAAAUAAAAAUAUUGCCCGACUC